GUCCGGCAUUGCCUCGCCGUCCGCGCCAUCCCAACGAGCUCCUGGCCGCUGGUACUCACCGCGUGUUGCGAUGCUGCCGAAUGCCAGGAAGCGGCCAUCGCCGUGAUCACCGAGCUAGGCGAAGACGCGAGCCUGCGUGACUGGGCCGAGGACUGCAGCCGCAAGCCUUCUCUUCCUGCAGGCUUCCGCCUGCGGAUCUACGCCCGCUAUGCGGAGACGUCUUCGCCGACUUGGCAGUCGCUACAGCUUUCUGCGGAGGCUGCCCUACUCAAAGGGGAGCAGCUGCCACCAGAAGCUCUAUGCUUGCUGGAUGCUCCGAGGCUCUGGCCUCAGCUGCUCGCACGCCGCGCGGUCCUGGCCGCGGGCGCCUUGCUCGACGCAUCUCCGCACGGCUGCGGAGAUUCCGAGGAGGUCACCCUUCUGGCGGAUGCGGUCCUGAGAAACGGCUCCCAGUCAGAGGCCCGGGCCGCAUGCGCCAUCCUCGAAAGCCUUCGCGGGGCGCCGGCCGGCAAACUCCUCGCAGCCCUGAGCGCGCGGCAGCCUUUGCAUCUCCUGGACGGCUUGCCAGCUCCUGAAUCGCAGCUGCACGAGGCCGCAGCCCUGCUUGCCGUCCGCUAUGGGGACUGCCGAGUUCCUUCCUUGGUGUUGCCACUGCUGGACUGCGCCUGCGCCCUGCUGCCCGAGGUGCUCUCGGCCGCCGCAGCCCUGGAGGCUUGGACGCAGGGCUGGUGGGAGUCCAAGGCGCAGGCGGCAAUCGCCAAGUGGAGCUUCGCAGAUCUGGAGGCGCUGCUGACCGCCGGUCCCUGGAAAGACACCGAGGUGCUGGCACGCCUGAUCAGCGCCUGGCUUGAGGCGCCCCAUGACCAAAUGGAGCGCUUCCCCGUGGGCGAUGCGGGCGCCUGGGACAAGGCCGGCUCGCUGCAAAUGUGCGGAUUAGGGUUUAGAGUUUAG